AUGUUUUGAGAAUAAUUUUUAUGUUAUCUAGGGAGUGCCUGCAAUUUUAUUUCCCUUAAGCUUUUUCUAAGGCUACUUUUUUACAAGGAAGGAAUAAACACUGUUUGAUUUUUGCACUGACUUGUUGUUUCUGCUGUUUUCUUGGUAGGCACUAUCUAGUUAGGAAGGUAGAAUUUGGUUAGCUAGACUUGCACUGAGAGCAGCCUGGGAGGAUGAGCCUGUGCAGUGACUCACCCGUGCUGGAGGAGCACUUGCAGGCUUGGUGAGCCAUGCAGCUGUGGCUCUGGUCCCUGGUGGUCUCCCCGGAAAAGUGGAGUGGGUUGCUCUGCUCGCACCUUACUGGGCACAACCAUCAGCUCUGGGUCACCCUUUCCUCUGUUCUGAUUUACCUCCAUGCCCCAGCUGGAAGGUGUUUCCCACCAGGGCACUGCAGCAGGCAGGAGGGGAGGGCUGGGGCAGGAGCGAGUGGCUGGGGGAGCUGGGAGGUGGGUGAGUGGGUGACCUGGGCAGAGACACAUGAGAUCAGCUUUUGCUGUCAGCACUGGUCUUAUGGGUUCUCUUGCAGGGCCAGGUUGUGGCUGCUGUUUAAAUAGCACAACUUUUUAUGUGCCAUGCAUUUCUGUGGAACAGUGUUUUUCAUAUAUACUGUAGUCUCUGAUUUUGCUGAAGCAGUAGAGGAUGCUUUACAAAAUUACAGACAGCUAACCCUAUAUAUUUCGUUUAUGAGAUGGAGGUAUGCUUUUGCAUGAUUUAAAAACAAUGGGAUAAUCUGUAGUUGUUUAACUGAAUGUCUGAAUACAGAGUAAGUAGUAACAUAGUAUGAAAAAUUUCUGUAAACUGCACAGUAAGUUGUAAAUGCCUCUUCCAAGGCUCUGUCUUAUAGGCAUAGAAUAGGAUACUGAAGGGUUCUGCUGUCUGUGUGCAUGUGUCUUUGUAUGAGGUGGUAGGUUUAAGCAUUUAGUUUAAGGAGGGAACGUUCUUCUGAGACGUUCGAGUUUUUAUUAGAGGAAGGGGAAGAGAUGGCAACUCAUACAUUUGGGGAAACUUAGUUCUAUAUUUUUUUUUCUGCACUUCUUUUAAUACACAAAAUCCUUUCUUGAAAGAACGUGACAUACCAAGAAGCCUAUAAAUGGAAUUGGAAUGCUAUAGCUCUGUGUGUGUACAAGACAGAGACAGAGUUGUGAGAGAGCAUGUUUUUCUGAAUAGUGCCUUCAGAAAUGCACUGUGAAGCAUAUUAGCUGUCUUUCUCUAAAGAAAGUUAAUAAAGAUCCAGCUGAGACUGAGGUAGAAGAAGACGGAUGGUGGUUGUUUAUGUUAUAGACUAGGUAGCAUUUUCUGCACUCUUGAUGAAAAAGGAGCUACUCCUAUCUAAUGAUGAGCUUGCGUAUAAUAACAGUACUGAAAGAACAGUAUCCAAAUUUACUCUGUUAUUUGAUUUUGUCCUGAUGCUUCAAGAUAUAAACCAAUUCCUAAACUUCAGUCAAACAUAAAACUGCCAAGCAGUAAACAACUGGAAAAUGAAGUAUGGAUGUGAAUUAUAUCUUCAUGGUGUAUUUUAAAAACUAAGAAUAAAUAAAAAUAUUUUAGUGGUACUAAUAAAAACUUUCAAUCCAAAGUGCUGAAGCCCACGUCAGCAUCAUAAAUCUUACUUAAAACCUAUUUUCCUGAGCUGUAAAUAAUAUGUGCCCACUGAAGCUUUAUGCACAUACCUAAACAGAUGUGGUAACCCACAGACACAAAAUAUACUCCCUGAUGGUAGUUUUACCAUGUAUGAGCAGCAACUGGACCUUCUCUUGCUCAUUCUGCUGUGUUUGGUGGUUCUACAUCUAUUGCAUGUGGUAAUAGGGAAGCAUUCAAACAGGCUCCUGGCUGGAAGGAUGCCCUUAAUGUUCUCCCUCAGAAACAACAGAGACAGAAUUUAUGGAGCGAUGUCCAUCUCCUUGCAGCCUCCCAUCCUUUUUGGGCAAAUGUGGCUGGGCUUAUACACUGAGAAAGCAAAACACUGAGUUUAAGGGAAUCUUUAAGGGAAAAGAGAAAUCCUGUCAUCUGCCAACUUUAUUUGAGGUCUUGGUAUCCCAUAAGUCUCUGGUGAUAUCUAAUUGCAAGGAUGAAUCUUUAAUCCACAUCAAAAAGGCACGUAACCGGUUGUAGCGCCAUCAGAUUCCCAAUGUCAGUUCCCUAAAGUGACAAGACAGAUGUUAAAUGAGUGUUUCCCUGUGUCGGUGCUGAAAGGUGGCAUACCUCAUUUGCUCUCUUGCCCUGCUUUGUGCACUCAACACCUUGCAUGCAUAAUCCUUUUGAUGUGUGCUUUCAAAUGUAUUUUAUUGUUAUUUAGUAAUAGUUGAUUGACCUAUUUGUUUGGAGUUCCCCCGUUUUGAGAGCACAGCUUGUAAAACUAAAGUAGAGAUGGAGAGAACAAGGUAAAUUCUGAGUCAUGUCUUAGGUAAACUGGAAGAGGGAAGAUCAAACUGUGACUCAUCACUUCAAGGUUAAGAAGUAAGGAAACUUGUUCCCUACUGGUGACUAGUUAAUUCUUCUAACUUGUGCAAAGGGUAGGUUUGGUCACUGACUCCCACAAUCAAAACUGUACUCAAGCUGCUUGCAGCAAUUUCUGGAUUUAAGAGUUUUUUAUGCAUUGCAUAGUCCUAGAUGAAAACUCUCUCUUUCUUUUUUUUAAACUACAUGCCAGGUUUUUAUGAAAAGCAGUUCCAGUUUGCACUUAAUUUUCAAUUACUUUUUUUAAAAGUAUAUGUAUUUUACUGAACUUCUUUCAUAUUAUUUCACAAAAAUGCAGUGGCAUAGUUUAGGAAUUUUAUCUUGACUACUAUCUCAAAGAAAAUGUUGAACACUAACUGUAAAAUAACUGAAUGCUGUGCUUCCCCUUUAGUACAAAUCAGUCUUAGAAACAUGCAUAUUUUAUUUUGCUUGGUUUGCCAUAGCAUUUAUACAUUGUACCUAGAAAAACUAAAUCAUAACUCUUUUUCUCUCUAUUAUUUCUUCUUUAUGCUAAGAGGAUUAUGCUGUCCGCUGAUGAUAAUUACACAGAAGAUCACAACACUUGCAUGCCAGUUACAUGAUGGAAUAGGACGACAAGCUGAGGAACUCACUGCUGAGCAAAAUCGGCUUGCUGUAAAGACGAGACCUUCUUUACUGGAGUAUUUAAGCUAUCUCCUCAAUUUUAUGAGCAUCAUAGCUGGGCCUUGCAGCAAUUACAAGGAUUAUAUAGCCUUCAUUGAAGGAAGGCAUGUGCACAUGAAACUGUUAGAAGUGAACUGGAAGCAGAAGGGUUAUGACAGACUUCCUGAUCCUUCUCCAACUGGAGCAGUGAUGUACAAGCUGUGUAUCACAAUAGUAUCUCUCAUUUUAUUCUUGACACUUACCAAGAACUUCCCUAUGGCAUAUAUUAUUGAUAAUGAAUUUCUUGAUAAAACACCCUUCUUGUCAAGACUUGGUUACCUGUAUGUUGUAACACAGGCAGCAAAACCAAAGUAUUACUUUGCGUGGACUUUAGCAGAUGCAGUCAAUAAUGCAGCUGGUUAUGGAUUCAGUGGAGUUGAUGAGAAGGGCAUUUUCCGCUGGGACCUGUUGUCCAAUUUAAAUAUCUGGAACAUUGAGACUGCAACAAGUUUUAAAAUGUACAUUGAAAACUGGAAUAUUCAGACAGCUGCCUGGCUAAAACGUGUCUGCUAUGACAGAGCUCCCUGGUACCCUACGGCUCUAACGUUUAUCCUCUCGGCCCUGUGGCAUGGUAUCUAUCCUGGAUAUUAUUUUACGUUUCUUACUGGAAUCCUAAUCACACUUGCAGCCAGAGCAGUAAGAAACAAUUGCAGACAUUACUUCCUCUCGUCAGUGCCUCUCAAGAUAGCCUAUGAUGUUGCUACCUGGAUUGUCACUCAACUGGCCGUGUGCUAUACUGUUGCGCCAUUUGUUAUGCUGGCUGUUGAGCCCACGAUUAAGUUUUACAAGUCAAUGUAUUUUCACAUGCACAUUCUAAGCAUCCUGGUGUUGCUCGUGUUACCGAUCAGACCUCAAACCCACUCCAUGAGAAAGCCUCAGAAUCAGGCCAUGAAGAACUCUAUCAAAAACAAAGACAAAUGAUGCCUCCAAAGAAAAUUGCUGACAUUUGGAAAUUGAACUGUCACAUUGGAAACAAACAAAGAAGAAUAGAAACGGGUGGGAUGAAUGUUGAAGUAGAAUACAAGUGGCAUUUGUAUUAGUUUUCUUAAAAUUUUACUGGACAGGGCAGAAAAGAGCCUGAAUGACUGUAUUCCAAAUUAUUCCAGUUAAGAGAGAUUUUUACAGGCAACGUUUACAGGCUCAUGGGGCAUUUUGAUUUUUUAAAUAAAUAUUUUUAUGAAGUGUUUUUAUAUAUUUAAACUUUUUUACACAGGCAUUUUUGCUCUUUUACAGUAAUAUACAAUUAUUAAUCAAUAAUCUUGUGAUUAGAGGGCCAGGUAGUGGCUAGUAAACAAUUAGACCAGCUGCCUGGUAGCCUGGUGCUGUGGGCAGCUGGCAGGAGAAGCUUUUCAUCUCUUGGCUAUGGAGAAAGAUGGUGCAAGUAGAAAACUUAGGGACAUGGGGUUGCUCAAGGUGCUGGCACUGACUUCUGCCCUGGCAAGAAGUAGAGGGAGCAGGGCUUUCCCUGGCAAUCCUCAGAGCAGGGACUGCAGCCUGAACUUGGCAGCAAGAGUAUUUCUCAUCCUUCACCAUGACACCUGCUGGUAAUGAGGGCGAGACAAGUCCCUUGGGAAUAGGUGUCUGGGAACACUGGCAACUGGCUUGGCCAAAAUCUAAAGCCAAGUAAAAGCGAAACAAACAAACCUCAAACCUUUAGAGUAAAAGAAGGAACAUACACCCUGUGAUGUGUAGAGUUGUGCUUCUCUAAUGACGCAGCUGGUGCUCAUUGCUACAUCAGCCUUACUUUGCAGUUUUAGAGUGAUGCAGUGCUUCCAUUUUUUCAGCAUCAAAAUAACUGGGGAGCCAUGUGGGUUUAGUAUUUUAAGCUCACAGUUAGGGGUUAAAUCUGAAAAAGGUUUGUAAUGGGUCAGACUGUUCUACUCAAAAACAUCCCAUCUUGUGAGGGGUUACAUUUCAGCAGGAUAACACUAUGAAAUCUGAACAGUAAUUAUCAUAGUCAUAAUAAGUCAUUAUCUGCAAAAUAUUGUGUUGUGAUAUGAUCAUCACAAGAGUCAAGACUUGGGUCCUGUAUGAUCUUGACGUGUGACUUAGCCUGUUGAUGCAAGUUUCCCUGCUUAUAAAGCCCUUGGCUUAGAGGGAUGUUUUGAGGCUCAAUUUCUAAGAGCUUAUUGUGCAUUGAGAUAACCUGCUGCUAAAUGCUGCGUCAGGUUUUAUUUCUUUGUUCUUUUUUUAAAUCCACUUACCCCAAUAAAACAGGCUGGUAUGACACAUCAAAACCAACUAAAACAUUUUUUAAAAUUACUCUUUUCCAGGAAUGUUUUUAUCAGGAUUUUGUAGAAGCAAUUCACGGAAUCACAGAAUUGACUGGGUUGGAAAAGACCUCAGAGAUCAUCAAGUCCAGCCCUUAAUUCCCUUGUUAAAGUACUGGUAUUGCUUUAUGAUCAUUUAACUGACAUGUGAUUGAGCAAAGUAUCUGCUGGUUGCUGCAUUCUGAUAUUUGUGUCAGAUUAAAAUUUUGCAGUAUCCUAACAUUUUGGGAAGAAACAAGUUGGUGAAACCAAAAGAGGUUCAAAAAAAAUUUCUCUGAUGGGAAGUUUUUGUUUUGUGACCACCUCAUGAUUUAGAGCAUAGUUCAUGGAAGAGUUUAUUUGGUAAUUUAUUUUGAAAGUGAAGUGGGAUUGGAAGGUUGAUCUGAAUAAACAAAUUGCUUUGUGUCA